AUGGAAGAUUCUCCACUGGUAUCUUUAUCGUUGACUCAUGUCCGUUAUAAUCCUGACGACCCCCUAUCAUAUCUAUCGGCGUGGCUAGCUCUGGUCCCGCAGGGCCUCUGCGUGAUCUACGUCACGCUGAUCUGGGCUUCACGAGAAAUUGAGGUGUUUCUCAUGUUUGCAGGACAAAUGGGCUGUGAAGCCCUGAACUUUGCACUCAAACGGCUGAUUCGCGAAGAGCGACCCAGACAAAUGUACGGCAAAGGUUACGGCAUGCCAUCUUCUCAUGCUCAGUUUGUUGCCUUUUUUGCCGUCUCGUUCACUUUGUUUCUCCUGAUACGUCACGUGCCGACCAAGUCGACAAGCUAUUCACCAUCAACCUUUCAGGAACGAUUGCUGCUCUCACUGUUAGCUUGUUUAUGUGCUGGAGCUGUGGCGGCAAGCCGGGUGUAUCUUAAUUAUCAUACCCCAAGACAGGUAUGGGCCGGUGUAGCUGCCGGCACGAUUUUUGCCAUUGUCUGGUUUCUUGCAACCACAUUCUUGCAUAAAUCUGGCAUCGUCGACUGGCUUCUGGAGACUCCGAUACCUCGAAGGCUGAGAGUGAGGAAUCUAAUUACUACAGAAGAUAUUCAAGAUGCGGGCUGGGGACGAUGGGAAUCACGGCGGAAAGCACGUAAGGAUGUCAUGGGGAAUGGAUCAAGUAAGAAGCGCCAAUGA